UCUAAAUCAUAUUCACAACCACUCUUCUUCUCUUAAUUAAGCUCUAAUAGCAACUUAGCUAGUACAAGAAUAAUUUAAUUAAGAUGGCUUCCAAAACUUGUUCCUCCCUUGCUAUUUUCCUCACAAUCAACCUCCUCUUUUUUUCACUUGUUUCAGCUUGUGGUUCCUAUUCAUGCAACCCUACUCCAAACCCAACCCCAAAACCAAAGCCAAGGCCAAACCCAAACCCUAACCCUAACCCAACCCCUUCAAGUGGCACAUGCCCACGUGAUGCUCUCAAACUUGGUGUAUGUGCCAAUGUCCUAAGUGGGUUGUUGAAUUUAACUUUGGGUAAACCACCAGUAACCCCUUGUUGCUCACUCCUAAAUGGCCUUGUUGAUCUCGAGGCUGCAGCAUGCCUUUGCACUGCCCUUAAAGCUAACAUUUUGGGCAUUAAUCUCAACCUUCCAAUUUCACUAAGCUUGCUUCUCAAUGUUUGCUCAAGGAAAGUCCCACAUGAUUUUCAAUGUGCUUAAAUGUGCAUAUGGCGUACACACAAAAAAUAAUAUCAUAUCAAUGUAUGGUUGUGCUAUUUGUCGUUUUUUGUUGGUUUUUUUAAUUCCUUUGAUGAGUGUUUGAUUCUUGUACGUGCAUGGAUGGUUAUUAACGGCUCGUUAUAUAAUCUUUCCAUCCAAAAUUUAUUUUGUCUUGUAAGAAUAUUACAAAAAAUAAAAUCUCUAUGCUUGCUUAUAUAUGUAUAUCGCAAGAAAUCUAAUAUUGUGAAGUGGUGUGAUUUAUUUGAUUGACAAAUUAAUUAUAAAAUAUUUGUGUGUUAUAUA